AAUCCGAGUUUCAAGUUUGUCGCCGUAUAAACCCAAGGGGAAAACCUAAGGAUGGGAGAAACUUGCAAUUCCGCUCACUGGCAAAACUUGACAUCCUCCGAAUUCCUCAACUCAAAGGCAGCGUAUUUCUAGACUGCAAUUGCCUCGUUCUGAAAAAUUGCGACUCAAUCUUCCGCGACAAAGGUAUGCAGUGGAUCGACACGGAUGAGCAUCGUCAUGCUGCAAUUUUUGUCAACUCGAAACAUGGAAAGAGAACUGGAAUGAUGAUUGAUCAAAUUGUUGAAAUUGAAAAUGAAAAUGACACCACUUGCACGAAAAAUAGUAUUGCUCAGCUCGAGGAAUUCUACGGAAAACUUACCUACUGUAAAGAGGUUAACAUUUCCUAGUCAGUUACAUAAAACUACAAAAGUAGAGAUAAAUAUAUAUAUUACUGAUAUUAUUAAUUUGACACAUUAUAGAAUACGUAAUAAAUAUCUGUAUUUCAGCGAAUAUCCCCAAGCAGUUAAUGGAGAUGAUGUGAAGAUGGUGUAUUUCAUGAAUGGAGGUCAUCCCAUGGAAGUAUCAUGUCAAAAGUUCUACACCUUUGAGUAUGAUUUGACGAAAAUUUGGAAUUCACUUGUAUCUCCGAUCCGUUCUAAAGAACUGUUUGAUCCUAUUUCUGAAAUGCUGGAAAACGAACUUUGUAACUCAAUCGCAAUUGUCGGGAUGGCUUGCAGAUAUCCAGGUGCGAACAAUAUUGACGAAUUCUGGUCAUUAUUGGAAAACGGAAUCGAUGGAAUUGUACGCGUCCCAGAAUGGAGGUGGACAAAAGAUAGUGCCUUUAUCAUGAUGGAUGGCGUCCGCCAAACAGAGGCUGGAUUUUUAUCUUGCCCACUGGAUAUGUUUGAUGCAAAAUUCUUUAACACGAAUCAAGCCGACUUGAGAUAUCUGGACCCGCAGCAACGUAUUGCACUUAAGGUUGUAUGGGAAGCCUUGGAGGAUGCCUGCAUUGACCCAUCAACCUUAAAGAAUACUAUCACCGGAGUAUUUGGCGGCUGGUGGCGAAAUGACUUUAAAGAAAUUCUACAGCCUGGGGGAAUUGCUGGUGUUAGUGACUUUUUAAAGAAAUUUCUACCUUCAGUAAGAGGGUUACUUGCAAAUAUUUAUGACGAGUCGGCAUCUAGGAUACAACAAAUUGAUGGCGAGCAAUUUUGGAUAGAGUACGACUCAGCUAUUGGAAUAGAGGCGCGUGAAAACAUCUUACGCAAAUAUGUAAAACAGAUUAUACGAGUUACGUUACAAAUGAACGAAAAUGAGCAAAUUGACGACCAUGCAAAUUUUCAAGAUUUGGGAAUGGAUUCCUUGAUGAUGGUGGAAAUGAAAAAUGGAUUACAAUCAUCUGUCGGGAAGAGAGUUAAAAUAUCAAUCAAUUCAGUUAAGGAUUGCAAAACAGUUGCAGAAUUAUCCGCCCGUUUGGUGGACCUCAUUUCUGGAAAUGAAUCAAUCCCGAACCUCACCCGAUCUGAACUAAAGGAACUAGUCAUUCAAGAUGCACAAUUACCGGAUACGAUUCAAGUUGGUUACGACAUAGUAUCCACUUUGUGUCCCAUAAACGAUAUUUCGACGGUUUUAAUUACUGGGGUAACAGGUACCCUCGGCCCGUAUAUACUGCGAGAAUUACGAUACAAGUAUCCAUACAUUAAAAAAGUUUAUUGCCUUUUGAGACCAAAUUCUUUACUUUCAACCGAUGAUCGCUUCAGACGAUGUAUGCAAGCCAAAAAUAUACUCUCCAUUGAAGACUUGGAAGGUUGGGUGGAAACGAUAACAGGGGAUGUGGGAAAAGAAUUGAUAGGGAUGAAUUCUACAACCUACUCCAAAAUAUCUUCUGAAGUAGAUGCAGUACUCAAUUUAGCAGUCAACGUAACCCUUCCUGAAAGAUAUAGUAAUACGAAAAACCCGCACAGCAGCAGAAUAAUAAACGUACAAGGGUUUAAGAAUAUCCUCGAAUUUGCUGUGGCAAACAAAUUGAAAUACGUCUACCAAGUUUCGUCCAUCGGAGCCGAACAAGAAUUAGGGGAAGAUGAGAUUUAAAAGGAAACGUGGCCUAAUCUAGAACAAGUUGAUCAAUUUCCCAACUCUGCUUACAUAAUUUCUAAAUUAAUAUGUGACAAUCUUGCAGAACAAGCAGUUUCUCGGGGUGUUCCUUGCAAAGUUUUCCGCAUGCCGAAUAUUGGUGGCGAUAGCCAAAUUGGUGGAAAUAUUUCUCUAGAAAACUUCCUAAUGACGCGGUUCUUGGCUUAUAUGCAUCUCGGGUAUAUGAUAGCUGAGAAAGUUCCCAUCUGCAUGAUGCCGGUCGAUCUAUGUGCGGAAUACUCGCUGAGAUUGUUCUUUAUGGAGGACACACCUUAUGAAAUGUACAACGUGAUUAAUCCAGACUUGGGUGACGAACGCGAGUUUGAUGAACUAGCUAAAGAUUUGGGAGUCAAGGUCGAUGUACUGGAACCUGAUGACUUUUUCGAUCUACUCAGAAGCUUGGUUGACACGAACUCCACCAUGAACGAAUACAUCAGGCAAAUCCUGGAGUACGAAGAUGACCGCAGACGGAUACUCGAGGAACCCCCGGCAUUCUAUAUGCCUUUCCUUCAGGGGAAAAAAGAUAUUACUUGGAGUA